AUGGGUCACCGCAAAUUUUUAAACAGUGAUCAUGAGUUUCGCAAAGAUUCUCAACAUUUCGAUGGCACAGAAGAGUAUGGAAGACCACCACCAAUACUUUCAGCAGACACAGUGAUCAAUGAGUUAAAAAAUUUUAAAUUGAAAUUUGGAAAAAUAGUUGAUGAUAAUCCAGAACUACCAUUCAAUUGGAAAAAGCUGAGUAUUUUCUUCGAUUUACCAUAUUGGAAAGAUAAUGUGAUACGCCACAAUCUUGAUCUUAUGCAUAUUGAAAAGAAUGUGUGCGAAUCAAUUUGUGGGACAUUGCUAGAUAUGGAAGGAAAAACGAAAGAUAAUAUUAAAUCACGUCUUGAUUUGCAAGAAAUUGGGAUAAGAUCAGAACUUCAUCCUAUUGAGAAGGGACCGAGUAGAGUUUACCUACCUCCAGCUUGUUAUUCAAUGGGGAAAAAAGAGAAGGGUACAUUUUGCAAGGCUUUGAAAAAAGUUAAAGUUCCAGAUGGUUAUGCAUCUAACAUUUCACGAUGCGUUCAACUGAAACCAGCAAAAUUAAUUGGUCUAAAAAGUCAUGACAACCAUAUUUUGAUGCAACAGUUGUUGCCGGUAGCACUACGUAAAACUUUGUCUAAAUCAGUUCGGAAUCCUUUGAUCAGAUUGUGUAGGUAUUUUAGAGAGCUAUGUUGUAAAGUAAUUUCUCCUACUGAUGUGGUUCGUCUGAGGAAAGACAUUGCGGUGAUUCUUUGUCAACUCGAGAAAAUUUUUGCUCCGUCAUUUUUUGACAUAAUGAUUCAUUUGACUGUACAUUUGGCUACUGAAGUACAACUUGCUGGACCAGUUUAUUAUCGUUGGAUGUAUCCAAUUGAAAGGUACUUAGGGACAUUGAAGUCAUAUGUUCGAAAUAGAAGUCGACCAGAAGGAUCCAUUGCUGAGGGGUAUUUGGCUGAGGAAUGUUUGACAUUCUGUUCUUUAUAUUUAGCCGAUUAUGUAGAGACAAGAUUCAAUCAAUCAACGAGAAAUGAUGAUACAACUAUCGGUUCAACAUUUGCAUUGGACGUGUUUACAGCCUCUGGUUAUGCACUUGGAAAGGCCAUUGCAACUAAGUUUGAUGAUGAGACAUUAAAGAAGGCACAUCAAUAUGUGUUAUUCAACUGUCAUCACAUACAAUCUUAUAUAGAUGAACACCGUCGGAUUUUGAAUCUUAGUCAUUCUGGUCUUCCACCUCACCAGAUUGAACGUAUGCAUAGUGAGUCUUUUGCAUCUUGGUUUGCAAAACAUAUCGAAAAUACAAAUCCUUCCCAGGAUGAUCCAAUAUCAAAUGAUCUGAAAUCACUUGCCAGAGGUCCGAAUUUCAUAGGGAUACGAUAUGAAAAAUUCCUUUCCAACGGAUUUAGGUUUCAUACAAAAGAAGUGGAACGCAAGAGAAAAACUCAGAAUUGUGGUGUUAUUGUUCGGGCUACUACUUCAAGUUAUUCAAGUAUUAGAGAUCAGAAUCCAAUAUCAAGUGAACUUGAUUAUUAUGGAAUUUUGCAAAAUGUGAUUGAGUUAGAUUACGAGGGAGGUCGAAGAGUUGUUUUAUUUGAAUGUGAUUGGGUCUCCAAAGGCAAACGACUAAAACUAGACGAGGAUGGUUUUAUGUUGGCCAAUUUUACAAAUGUGAAGCGUCAUAACGAGCCUUAUAUUUUAGCAUCACAAGCCAUGCAAGUUUUUUAUGUGGGAGAUCCAGUUGAUUGUAAUUGGCAUGUAAUUAUCACCACCGAUGCACGAGGACAGUAUAAAAUGCAACCUGUGGCAGAUGUUGAUACAUACCUUCAAAGUUGUAUUUGUAAUCCUGAAGACGACCAUGAUCAUGAAGAAAUCAUUUGGGUUCGGGAUGAUGCUACAGGAGUUGAAAUUGAUGUUGAUAUAUGA